AUGUGUAUAAUGUGUGGCUCCAGUGCAUACACAGGCAAUGAGACUGGAAUAUACAUCGACCAAGCGUUUGUUUGCAGAAUCAAAGACACACUAUACAAUGGUCGGGUGGAUAUGCUACAUAAGGUAAUUCAACACCUUACCAGAAAUAAGCAUUUAUUAAAUGAGGCAAUUAAAUAUCCAUUCCUUAAUCAAGUCAUUCAUUUGAGUAAGAAUUUCAGGCCAUUAACCGACGAUGAACAGAAUGCGGCAAUUGAUACGGUCUUGAGUUCCGAAGUUUAUGAUCGUGUUAAAGACGAGGAGAUGAAGCAAGACCCUAACUACGAGUAUGUUGAGGUACUAGUCAAGCAACUGUUGCGAUGGUUCAAAGAGGAAUUUUUUACAUGGGUCAACAAACUGGACUGUCCAAAUUGUGGGAACAAAGAACAAGAACAAAUUCGACACUUACCAGGGCUUCGCCCAUACAAGUAUGAGCAUUUCCAAGGGAAAGCAACAAUAAUCGAAAGAUAUCAAUGCCUCAAAUGCCUGUCAACGUAUGAGUUUCCUAGAUAUAAUGAUAUCCGGACAUUGUUGAAAACUAGAAAAGGACGUUGUGGUGAAUGGAACAAUUGCUUCAUUGCUAUUCUCAAGUCCCUGGAUAUAGACACAAGGUUCAUUUGGAAUGCAGAGGAUCAUGUAUGGUGUGAAUAUUAUAAUGAACGAGAGGGAAGAUGGAUCCAUUUGGAUUCUUGUGAAAAUUCAUAUGACCAGCCUUACUUAUAUAACGAAGGGUGGGGGAAGAAGAUGUCCUAUACAUUUGCUAUUGGUCCCAAUUAUAUUAUAGAUGUAUCCGAUAAAUACCUGAGUCCUAAUAGGCCAGAGAAUCACUUGCCAAGGAACAAGUGUCCUGAAGUUUCAUUGAAAGGAAUUUUAGCUCACCAUAAUGCUCAAUCGAUUCUUGCGUCUUCUAAGGAUACAAUUUUACGUACCACUUCUCAACUAAUUGCAGAUUUGAUGAAUGCACGGGGAAAAGUACAUCCUGUUCAUACUGAAACUACGUCUACGAAUGAAGGUGCCUCCCUACUACCAAGACAAAGUGGUGCUGGGGCAUGGACCCGACAAAGAGGUGAAGAUAACAAUGAAUAA